CUAAUCAGCUGUUUUCCCGAAAACGAUUUUAUCGUGUUAAUUUUGGAUUAUUUUUUCACAUAAAUAAAAUAUGCAACGGUUUGUGAGGGUAUUUGGCCCAAAAACGUGCAAAGUUAUUGGCAUGAUUCACGUAGAUGCGCUGCCAGGAACUCCCCGUUAUGGCGGAAACUGGAAGCAGACUAUUGAAAAGGCAAUCUUUGAGGCGAAUCUUUACAAAAAACACCAACUGGACGCCGUAUUAAUUGAGAACAUGCACGAUAUUCCCUAUGUACCGGAGCGGCUUCUUGGAGCGGAAAUAGUGACUUGCAUGACGCGACUAGCAAGGGAAGUACGAGUUGUUAUACCGAAGGAGACCCCUUGUGGUGUCCAAGUCCUAGCCUGUGGAAAUAAGCAAGCGUUGGCUAUAGCCAAAGCCAGUCAGCUACAAUUUAUACGCUGCGAGGGAUUCAUUUUCGGUCACGUGGCAGACGAAGGAUACACGGAUGCCUGUGCCGGUGAUUUGAUGCGGUAUAGGAAUCUUAUCGAUGCCAAGGAUGUGCUUGUUUUUACAGAUCUGAAAAAAAAGCAUAGUUCUCAUGCCGUAACAGCUGAUGUCAGCCUACUCGAGACAUCUCAUGCAGCCGAAUUUUUUAUGACCGAUGGCAUUAUUAUCACGGGCACAGCGACUGGCCAUCCAGCCAGCCCAGAAGAUCUCCAACAUUUAUCUGGUAAAGUAAAGGUUCCUCUGAUCAUCGGGUCUGGAGUUACUAAGAAUAACAUUAAAAGUUACUAUAAAGAUGCCCAUGCCGUCAUAAUUGGUUCCCAUUUUAAGAAAAACGGCAACUGGAUGGAAGAAAUCAAUGACCAAACUGUUGAAGAUUUCAUGCGCGAAGUUUGUAAUCUGAGAAACACCAGUUAAUUUAGUUAUUAUUGUUUUUAUUAGCGAAGAUGAUAAUCGAGUAAACAAUGAAUACCUUA